AUGACAAUCGUGGGACAAGUGACGGCGCUCGCGAACUACGCUGGCACGACUUUCGCAUGGCCGCCGCUGCUCUCCUUCUCGAGAGGCGCCAUCCUCGCGACGCUGAGAAACAUACAAAUUGGCUCUUUGACCAUCAUAGAAUCAGACGGCAGCAUAACCAGCUGUGGCAACCGAGACCGAGUCUCAAAACCCGAAGAUGAGCGAACGGUCAACCACAUUCCUCACAUCGAGCUUCGCGUCACCAACGAGCAAUUUUGGGUGCGGUUGGCCAUUUUCGCCGACAUGGGCUUUGCCGAAUCGUACAUGCUGGGAGAGUUCAGCUGCUCAGAUCUCACCGCGUUCUUCAGGCUGUUCAUCUUGAACAAGCAAUACCUGUCCAAUGGUGUCACAUUCGCAAGCAACCUGCUGGGCAAGGUGACUGCUUUAGUCAGAAAGACCAACACUCUGCAGAACGCUCGCCUGAACAUAUCAGCGCAUUACGAUAUCAGCAACGAGAUGUUCGCGGCUUUUCUCAGCCCAGACAUGACCUACAGCUGUCCCAUCUGGCUACCGACGACAGACGCACAAUCCAAACAAGAGACACUGGAAAGCGCACAAUACCGCAAACUAAACCGCUUCAUCAAGAACGCGCGCAUAAAGAGUACAGACCACGUACUAGAGAUUGGAACAGGCUGGGGCAGUUUCGCCAUGCUCGCCGUGGAGAAGACAGGCUGCCGAGUAACCAGCUUGACUCUAAGCGAAGAGCAGAAGAAACUCGCCGAAGACCGCAUCAAGGCCCGAGGCAUGCAAAAGAACAUCAAAGUCCUCCUCUGCGACUACCGAUCCCUCCCAGUCCCCGAAGAAUCCGAAAAAUACGACAAAGUAGUCUCCAUCGAAAUGCUCGAAGCCGUCGGCGCCGAAUACCUCUCCACAUACUUCUCCUGCAUCGACGCCCUCCUCAAAUCCGACGGCGGCAUCGCAGUCUUCCAAUGCAUCACAAUCCCCGAAUCCCGCUACACCACCUACUCCACCUCCGACGACUUCAUCCGCCGCUACAUUUUCCCCGGCGGCCACCUCCCCACCGUAACCCAGCUCCUCUCCACCAUCCGCUCCGGCUCCUCCAACUCGAAACGUGGCAUCGAGCCCCGUCUGAUCCCUCACACCGUCGAGAACAUCGGACCCCAUUAUGCGAAAACGCUGCGUCUCUGGAGGCAAGAUUUCAUGCAGAAGUUUCAGAAGGAGAUUAGGCCGGCGCUGAUGCAGGAGUAUGCGGAGCGGGAGAAGAGGAAGAUGACGGAGGAUGAGGUGGAGGUGUUUAAGAGGAAGUGGGAGUAUUAUUUUGCUUAUUGCGAAGCCGGGUUUGCGACGAAUACGUUGGGGGAUGCGAUAAUUACUAUUGCGAGGGAGGGGGCAUUGGAGAUUAUGGAGGGGGUGCCGUUGUAG